GAGGCGUACAGAUAAGAGCAAGUAAUCAAGAGAACAAGUGCAUGGGAGAGCAUUAUAUUGUAUUUGUCCAGAAAUUGCAUUAGUAUGUCAAGAACUCACGAUAGUGACUGGAGAAAAGUCAGCAAAACGGAACCGGAAACGAUGGGGAGACCUUGGCCUUGACCUCGAGUCGUCGACUGGAGUGAGCACUUGAGCAACCAGCAAGCAUUGAGUUUGGUGGUUGUACCAGCAAGUGAGCGUUGGUGCAUUAUUAGUUUAUUACCUUCACCGUCCGGCGACGAGCGGCGGGGAGCCUGUGCACUGGCGGCGACAAGGCUCCAUUGCGACCACUUUCCCCUUGCCUCCUGUCGAUCCGGUGGUUCCAAGGCAGCAGCAAGCUUGGCGCAGGCAACUAACAGCUCCUCGGCAGCAAGUUGGAACCAAUCUAGCGGUGAAAAUUGUCACUCCGGCGACAAGGAGAGGGCGGCAACCGGGACAAAUCCAUGGAGAUCGUGACAGGGGCAAUUCCAAGCCUCCUGCACAAGCUCGGUGAGUUGCUAGUUGGCGAGUACAAUCUGCAAAAGGAGGUGAAGGGAGGGAUCAUCUUCCUCCAAGCUGAGCUCGAGAGCAUGCAAGGUGCCCUCCAAAAGAUCUCGAGGACACCAGCAGACAAGAUUGACGACCAGGACAAGAUCUGGGCUAGGAAAGUGAGAGAGAUGUCCUACGAUAUAGAGGACAAUAUUGACAAAUAUAUCGUGCAGUGCAAGGGGAGGAAGAUGGCCGAACAGCAUAGCUUCAAGGAAGCCAUUGAUAGGACCGUCAAAUGGUUCAGGCAGCCUAAGAUUCGUCGUAAGAUUGCUACAGAAAUCAGAGAGAUCAAGAGCCGUGUCAUCGAGGUGCAUGAACGGCGCCGCAGGUACGAGGUCAACCUUGGUGUUGAUAAGCCUGUAACUGUGGACCCUCGUUUAUUCGCUCAGUACACUGAGGUGAAAGAGCUUGUUGGCAUUGAUGAGGCAAGGGAUGAGUUAAUCAGCAAGAUUAUGAUAGAAGAGAAUGAAGUUCCCAAGAAGAAAGGCAAGAUAGUUUCAAUUGUUGGAUUUGGAGGCAUGGGAAAGACAACUCUUGCCAAUGCAGUGUACAAAAAGAUUAGAGCACAAUUUGAUUGCUAUGCUUUUGUUUCUGUUUCUCAAACUCCUGACCUGAAGAGAUUAUACAACGGCUUGCUAUAUGAUCUUGGCAAGAGCAUCAAUGAGGAAACAUUGGGUGAGAGGCGGCUCAUAGAAGUACUCAGAGAAUUCCUUGAAGACAAAAGGUAUUUUGUUGUUGUUGAUGACAUAUGGGAUAUAUCAGUUUGGAAAAUGAUUAGAUGUGCUUUGCCUGAUAAUGAUGUUGGAUACACUAUUAUUACAACCACCCGUAUUUCUCAUGUUGCUGAACAAGCUGGGGGUGCUUACAACAUGAAACCUCUUUCUUUGAAUAACUCCCGAAAACUACUAUAUAGAAGAAUAUUUGGUAGUGGGAAUAAAGACAACAAUGAAACAGAAGAAAAAUGUCAUAAGGAGAUGGCCGAAGUAUCUGACAGAAUACUGAAAAAAUGUGCUGGUGUGCCAUUGGCUAUAAUUACGAUGGCUAGUUUACUAGCUUGCAAAGCAAGAAAUAAAAUGGAGUGGUAUGAGGUGUACAAUUCUGUUGGUACUGGUCUGGAAAACAAUCUAGAUGUGGAGAAUAUGAGAAAGAUUUUAUCAUUUAGCUAUUAUGAGCUACCAUGCUAUUUAAGGGCUUGUUUGUUAUAUUUGAGCAUGUUUCCUGAAGAUUAUGAAAUUGGGAAGGAUCGUUUGAUAAGGAUGUGGAUAGGUGAAGGUUUUAUCCAAUGUGAAAAAGUAGGGAAGAGCCUAUUUGAACUCGGAGAGAGUUAUUUUAAUGAGCUUAUAAACAGAAGCAUGAUCCAACCAAUAUAUGAUAGUAAAAAUGAUAUGAUAUCAAGCUGUCGUGUACAUGAUAUGGUGCUUGAUCUUAUCCGCUCCUUGUCAAGUGAAGAAAACUUUGUUACUAUACUAAGUAAUAUGGGAGGCACAUCUCCAUCAAAUACGAUUCGGAGGUUGUCCCUUCAGAAUGGUCAGGAAAGUCAUGUGAUGGCUCAAGCUACAUGGAGCUUGCAACAUACAAGGUCAGUUUUUGUCUUUCCAACUUCUAUUUCUCCAGUGCUACCUCUUGACUACUGCCGAGUUUUACGUGUUCUGGAUUUAGAAGGCUGCAAUCUUUCACAAGCUAAUAGUAUCCUUAAGUGCCUUGGGAAUAUACAUCACUUGAGGUACUUGGGACUUCGUCGGACAGGUAUUUCUCAGCUCCCAGAAGAAAUAGGAAACCUGCAGUUUCUACAAAUAUUGGAUGUAAGGCGCAACAAUAUUUUCAGGUUGGCUUCGAGAGUUGUCCAGCUAAGAAAGUUGAUGUACCUAUACAUUGACCGGUCUACAACAGUUCCAAACGGAAUUGGAAAUCUGACAUGCCUUGAACAGCUGUCAUGGUUACGCAUUAAUGACUCCACUAGAAACAUUAUACAAGAGUUGGGCCAGCUAACUGAACUGAGGCAGUUGUCCAUUGAAUUGGACAAGUGGAACGACAAGCUGUUGGAGUGCCUAUGCAAGCUACAAAAGAUGCAGGAACUAGUUAUCACGGUCCGUCAUGGUCAACGCAGCAUCGGCAGAUUGGAUGCUUGGGUCGCCCCUCGACAUCUCCGCGUAUUUCAAUCACCAGACAACUGUUGGUUUUCAACACUGCCAGCUUGGGUGAAUCCAUCGCUUCUUCCGGACCUGACCUUCCUAUCCAUCGACGUGAGGGAGCUACAUCAGGUUGAUCUCGAAAUCCUCGGGAGGUUGCCAGCUCUCCGCUUUCUUUCUCUGAAGAUGGACAACAAGAACCUUGGUAUCCUUGCAGGAUUCGUUGUUGGUGCUGGUGCAUUCCCGUGCCUUGUAACCUGUUACUUCUGUCAAUUUGUGUGGCCAGUGGUAUUUCAACAGGGAGCUAUGCCAAGGGUCAGAGAGCUUGUGAUCUGGCGGUUUUAUCUGCGGGAGGCAAGAGGAAUUGCCUGCACCGAUGGUAGUCUCGACUUGGGCAUGGGAAACCUGCCGUCGCUGCAAUAUGUCAAGGCUGACCUGCGAUGUGAUGGUGCUGGCAAGGAGGAGGCAGAGCAAGCCAAGGCUGCGCUGACGCAUGCAGCUCAAAUGCAUCCCAAUCAUCCCUUACAUUUGAUCCAUAUUACAGAUCACGACUACUAUAAGACACUAUGCCGGAAGCUGGACCGGAGCAGAGCAGAUGUUUCGCCACGCAUGCAGAGGUUAAACUGCUCGGCCUUAGCUUUACCAGACACCCUCAACCUGCGAGUAAACAAUGAAUACUGCACACAUGCGUCUGUGACUUAGAGCUUUGAUCAUUUGUGCUGUAAUCCCUGACUAACUUCCCCCUCUGUUACAACUUACAAGAACUGUAAAGAAAAAAUAGAAACGCAGUUAACAUCACAUACAAUGAAUCACAUCCCAUCAACAGAUAUUUGUCUAAGCU